AUGACGCAGGCGUCACGAGACGGUGCCCGUCGUUUCAUUGAUGGGGUUCGGAUGGAAAAUGGCGGAUUGACGAAGGAGGAUACGGAAUUCCUCCAGAGAAAUAAACCGCACAUACUCACUGCUUAUAACAACCAGAGGCGAAAACUAGGUGCAUCGACAAAAACACUCGCCACCAACCUCUAUGCAAAGGACUCCCGCUUUGUCUAUGAACUCAUUCAAAAUGCCGAAGACAAUCGCUACUAUAGGGCGCGAGAAGACCUAGACGAACCUUGGCUACGAUUUUGUCUCGAUCAAGAUCAAAUCGUGAUCGAUUCGAAUGAGGACGGAUUCUCUGAAGCAAACAUCAAAGCCAUUUGCUCAAUCGGCGAAAGCACCAAGACAUGUAAACAGGGCUACGUUGGCGAAAAGGGCAUUGGAUUUAAGUCUGUGUUCAAGGUCGCACAGAAGGUCCAUGUGCAGUCUGGACCGUUUUCAUUCGCGUUCGAGUACCGUCGCGAGGAUCGAGAUGAUGGACUUGGCAUGAUUACUCCCAUGUACGAGGAGCGCCUCAGUCUCCCUAAAAGAGUACGAACCCGGAUGAUCUUGCAUCUCCUGGACAACUGCGACCGCGAGGCACUAAGAAACGAGCUCAUCAAUCUGCCUGAUACCCUGUUGCUAUUUCUAAAAAAGCUGAAAGAAAUAUCAGUCCAGAUCAAACUGGCAGAACAUCCCGAGCAUUCCCUCUGGAUGAAAAACACUGUCCCUGUACUAGAGGAACAACAUGUCUAUGCGUUCCUUCCCCUCCGAAAGGUUGGAUACAAGUUCCUCAUCCAAUCCGAUUUCAUUACCCAAGCAAGCCGAGAAGACGUGUUUGAUUCACAAUGGAAUUGCCAUCUUCUUAAUAGAAGCUGCGAUACCUUUAUGGACAGUAUCGAUGAAUUCCUGCGUCAUCCUACCUUGAAGUAUCACUGGGUGAGUUACAUCCCGACCGACCAUAUCGCGGAUGAUUUCUGGGGUAGACUCCAACAAAGGAUCCUUGCGAGUUUGGGAACACGCAACCUAUUCGUCUCCGAAAGCAAUGGUAAUUCCUGGAACGCGAAUCAGCUGCGUGUUGUGCCGGAAAGAUUUAGAGGGGAAGAUACCCAGCCGUUGCUCCUAGAUGUUCGUGGUGGAUCAUCUGCAUAUAUAUCAGAAUCGUACGAUAAGCAGUUGGAUCUUCCUAUUUUGAGGAAACUAGGUACAAAAGACCUGGACAUCACAGAAUUCCUCCAGCGGUUGGAAAAAGACCUCGACCAAAACGGGACCGAGUCUCGCAUGCGUUCAACACCACUGCAGAGUUCUUGGCACACAAAAGUCGCACGGUUGCUUACUUUUGCCGCCCGCAAAUUUAGGCUCUCCGUCAAGAAACUCCCUGUUGUGCCUCUCAGCACCGGAAAAUGGGCCCGUCCGCUUAAUGCGAGCAUCUAUUUUCCAACAUCAGGGGGGAUUGAAAUCCCGGAUGACCUCCCCUUAGCUAUAGUCGAUGCAAAAGCACUGCAAAACAAGAGUUGGGAACGGUUUUUUGUUGAAAUUGGGAUCACUCAUUGCCCUCCAUCUAGGGUAUUCCCGUUGAUUGAACAGCGAUACAGCUUGUUCGGCAGAACCUUUAAAGAGAGUCUCUCUCAUAUCAAGUUCAUGUUUUGGAACCAUACAGAACUGCCACCUCAAGGCGUAUCCCUUCGGCUCAAGGAAAGAGAUGACAGUGUGUGGUUUUCCAAUGCGAUAGAUAAUGUAUGGACAUACUCCCCUCGAUUGGUAGGCAGUUAUACAACAUCAACAGUUUUGGGGAGCCCAGUUCCCCUCGAGUUGAGGGAAGCGAUUAGAGUUCUCGACCCAGCCUACUAUCGAGCACUUAGAAAGCUCGGACAUCGUAAUGACCGCACAGGACCUGAAUGGCUUGACUCCUUUCUUCAAAUAAAGGACACGAUUCAACUUAGCCGAAGGAACUCUAUCGGAGAAAUGUCAACUGAGCUCAAGUAUGUUGCCAAGAAGAAACCAGAAUUCAUCCUUGGUGUGUUAGAGACGGCCUGGAGCCAUUAUCAAACCAUAGAUACCUGGGACAACUUUUUCAAGGCCGUGGAAGUUCCAAUCCUUAACUCGCAGCAUACUCGAAACCUUGCAUCUACUUUCUUACCACUGCCAAAACUCUGUGCUGUUGUCGGCCGUCUGGGGCUCGACGCUGAUUUUGGAUUCCUCAAAGAGCUAGAAGGCCUGACAGAUAUUUCAGCAAGCAAAUGGGAAUUUCUGAAGCAGUUUGGGGUCGGCGUGGAAGGAGACGUAUCAUUCUGGUUGAAGCUCUUAGAGCAAGCUCGAGCCAAGGUGCAUGUUGAGAGUCAUGUUGUUUUUGAGAUAUACACCAACCUUCAGAAGUUUGAUUCGUCAUGGGAAGUGGAGAAGAUUCAGGCCGCUUUUCGAGAUGACGUUAUUUUCCUCCCACCAGCACAGGUUGAAGAGUCCGCUCGAUGGAUAUCACUAACAUCCUGCCUUUGGGAGGCACCGGAGUGGUUCAAUCUGAAGUUUUGCCUCGGCACAAUCAAAGGAUACGAUCAUCUUUCUAAUCUCUUUAAGAUUACGCUUGGAGCUCGCACGGCUGGGUGUGCCGAUUUUCUGGAGUACCUUCGGGACAUUAAGGAUAAUAGAGCAUACCUCACAUCCGCGGACGAACAAGCAAAAAUUCCCAAAAUUUACAAGAUGUUGGGCAAAGAGGCAGUGGAUAAGAUUGAAUCCCAUCGCAUCAGACUACAGUUCGAAGAGAACAGUCUAGUCUUUGACCCAAACAAGAAGUGUUGGCACUGCCCAUCAUCCUGCGUCUGGGCCGACGCACGGAUUCAACUACCUGGAAAACUUUCCCUGGCCUCAACAUACGAAGGCCACCUAAAUUUCUUCACGAGAGUGCUACGCAUCCCAAAGUCAAGCCUCGCGAUGCAUAUUGUGGCUCUCACACAGAAGGUCUUAGAACAAGCAGAUAAAACGACCGCGCUCCAGGAGAUGCUAAAUAUCUGUGCGCUGAACCCAACCUCUGAAGCGCUGGAAAGCCUGAGGAACUGUGAAUGCCUUCCUAUUAAAACCCAAUCUGGAGCUACCGAAUGGCAUGAUUGCUCGACAGAUUUUGCAAUUGUAGAUCGUCGAGAAUAUGGGGCAAUGUUCGAAGGUAAGGUCCGAAUACUCGACUUCUCGCUCGAAGAGGUACACUCACUACAGCGAUUUCUUUUUGCUCUCGGAUUGGGAACACGAUACAUCUCUAGAUUAGUUGAGGAGAAGACAUAUGUGCAGGACAAUGAGCUAGACCCACAGUUGACUUGCGAUAUGAGGAAGAAAGCCUACGCCAUUUAUCGAUAUGCGGCCCACCUCGGGAUCAACACGGGCGGAGAGGAAGGCUCCUCGGUGUACCAAACUCUACAGCAAAUUUCUGUCUAUUUCAGUGACGACAUAUCAAAAACGGUAUCAAUCGUCCAGGAUCGUAAAGCCGUGACAAUUGAGCGGGAAACGGCCUACUUCCAUCUCGUCUCAGAGAACGGUCAACUCAAUCUCUUUGUCCCACGGUGCAAAGGACGUCAACAAAUUUGCCUUGAAAGACACCUGCCCACCAGACUUCUCAAGCACCUCGGGGCCCAGAAUAUCUCUGGAAGUGAAGGUCUUAGUUCCAUUAUUAUUGCGUCGAGUCUAUCUGUCGUAGACGAAUUCCUCCAACUUGAUGGUAUCAUCGAGGUAGACGGAAUCGUGCGCCCAAUAGAGGACGAAGGCUAUAAUUCGGACUCCUCUGCUGGCAAUACAAACUUAACGGACAGCCAAAGUACCCCUGGCUAUCCUACAACUCCGACCCUUCAGCCAAGCACCACUCACCACACCCGAAGCGAGAAUUCUUGCCCGAGUGAUCCGAGCCCGGGUGAACUACUCUCUCUAGGUUCCCCGAUACCCUCAGAGCUACCCGACCUUUAUCGAAAGUUGUUAGACGCAGUGAUACGUCAAGCGAGGGAUAUAUCAGACCUACCCAAGGCUGGGGGGGUCGUAACCUCUCACCUCUCUGCCGACUCUGGACUCAACGCUAGGCUCGCCCUACGCUCGCCAUACGAUGGAGAGGAGAAGUUCAAGAUAGGAGCUGCAGGAGAGUUAUUCGUAUUUGAAUUGCUCCAAAGCCUUUCUCUCCCGGGAUUCAACCUCGACAAUUGGCAAAGCGGAAUCCGUGGCCGCAUCAGUGUUCACCCCAGCUACCAUGGUAUUGUCCGCUGGCCGGAUAAAGAAAUUACGGACAUCAUAUACGAAGAUCGCAAUAGCGCCUUGACUACCCUUCUCAUUGAGAAGGGUUACCUCACACGCUCAAAAUGGGAAGGUCGCUCCCCUAAGUUCUGUAUUGAGGUUAAGACUACCCCCUAUGAGAUGAGCUACCCCUUUUUUUGCAGUCAACCGCAAUGUGACAUGAUGGAAAAUAUGCAGCUGUCGGCCGAAUCAGACCUGGGUGAAAUAUAUCUUGUGGCUAGGGUGUUUGGGCUCGGGGGUUCGGGCAUGGGGUUGAAGCUUUAUGUCGAUCCGGCAUCUUUGCGAAAUGAGAGGGAGUUGGUGUUCCAAGCGGACAAGUACGCUGUUACGCCUGCGACUAGGGUCGAUGCGUAG